CUGAUGACGUAUCACGAGUACACGAGAACGCAAGUACGCACAAGUACGCAUAUUGAUAAACGCCCUAUUUCUUCUGUAAAGUUUUAACAUGGGACUCACUCGCUGCUGCCUCUGCUGGAGGUCAGAGGAACUGCAGGUUGGUGAUGGGUGGGCAUGAGUGGGUGGAGCCUCAGAUCCCUGCUCUGAGCUCAGAGCGCUGGAUUUGAGUUUAAAUAGAUUUUUUUUCUUGGUGCCAAAUCCCACAUUUAGUGACCCGAAUAUGAAGAGUCUGAGCUGCUGUUCUCGCUGUAACGAUGUUUUACUUUGAAAGGUCAAACCGGAACCUUUGUCUGUUAUUGUGACACACGUGACAGCGGUCUGGCGCGUGUGUGCAGUGAAGCAGCGCGAGCGGCUCAGCUGUUCAAACCUGCCACAGACUGAAAGCCCGUCAGCAGCCCGGGACACUGAACGACACUCUACCGAGACUCUGACCGGAGGCUGUCGGUGUCUGAGGGUCUGACGCGGUGUGAGCCCGGGCAGGCGGGCGGAUCUACGGCUCUGUUGUGUCUCUGUUCCCGGUCAGAGUCCCGGGCCGUGCCGGUACCGGCGGGUGAAAAUGCGGACUCUGGUGCUGCUAUUUCUCUGGCUGAGCCUCCGCACGUGCAGAGCGCCCCCCGGGCCGGGGCUCUGCGGGCCGUGCCAGCCGGACCGGUGCCCGCUGCUCCGCGGCUGCCGGGCCGGGCUGGUGCCGGACUCCUGCGGCUGCUGCCUGGAGUGCGGGAACCUAGAGGGCCAGGCCUGCGACCCCGGGAACCGGAGCGUGUUCUACGGGCUGUGUGGGACCGGACUGCGGUGUCAGGCGGGAGGAGGAGGAGAGGAUGAAGAGGAGGAGGAGUGCGUGUGUGAGGAGCAGGAGCCGGUGUGCGGCUCUGACGGGAGAACAUACAUGAACAUGUGUCAGCUGAGGGAGGCCGCCUUCUCGACACCCGAGCUCCACACCGCGGGGAGGGGCCCUUGCAGGACAGUGCCGGUCAUUAAGGUGCCUCCUCACAGUCAGGUGAACGGGACGGGCAGCAGUCUCAUCUUUCUCUGUGAAGUGUUUGCGUUUCCGAUGGCGUUGGUCGAGUGGACGAAGGAGGGACGAGACGUCGUCCUGCCCGGAGACGAUCCCCACAUCUCCGUCCAGUCUCGCGGCGGUCCUCUGAAGUUCGAGCUCUCCAGCUGGCUGCAGAUUGAGGGGGCGGAGCGGGGGGACUCUGGGACCUAUCGCUGCACAGCUCGUAACAACCUGGGGACGGUCUGGGCCUCGGCUGUACUGGGAGUACUGGGAGCAGAGGAGCUGUCGUCCUACCUGGCUAACAGUGGCAGGAAGCAGCCGAUGGACAUCGCAGACUAUGACCAGGACAUCUACUGAGCUUCAUGAUGUCACCUCCUCUGUACAGACACGUCUCUGAUUUUUCUUCUUCUCUGUGUAUGCGAACGUUACUCUGACAUCACACGGGGCAGUGACACGGACACUUGGCGUGCUGGGCGUUCGAGCCCGCGUCUCCUGUCAGAUCUGUUGUGUGAAACUUUUUUUAAAAUUAUAAAUAAAGGUUUACAAACUGA